CCCGGCUCGGGGAAGGCCCCGGCCUUGCAGACUCGGGUGGCUACUCGCCGGGCGGGUGGCGGCCGCGCCGGCCUCGGCUCCGCAACAUGUCCAGCUCCGGAGAGGGGUCUCUCGCUCCACCUCGGCCACCACCCUCUCCUCAACUUUAAGAUGCAGCAGACAGAGCGCUGGAUUCGGAGUCAGAAGACCUGGGAGAUGCCGAAUGAAGAUGAACCAAACACCAUUGACCUAAUGAAUAGCAUAAACCUAAUGGAGUUUUCUGAUGAGAUCCUUUUGCACAUCCUGAGUUACAUCCCCAGCACAGACUUGAUUUUGAAUGUUAGGAGAACCUGCAGGAAGUUGGCAACUCUUUGUCUUGACAAAAGUCUCACUCAUACAGUGCUGCUUCAUAGGGACUAUCAGGCCAGUGAAGAUAAAGUGAAACAACUGGUGAGGGAGAUUGGGAAAGAGAUUCACCAACUGAACAUGGCAGGCUGCUACUGGCUGUCUGGGACCACAAUCGAGCAUGUGACACGCUGCAGGAACUUAGUGAAAGUGAACUUGUCGGGCUGCCACCUUACUUCUAUCCGACUCUCUAAGAUGCUGUCAGCCCUCCAGCAUUUACGCUCUCUGGCCAUCGAUGUCAACCCGGGUUUUGAUGCCAGCCAGUUGAGCAGUGAAUGUAAAGCCACUCUCAGCCGGGUGUUGGAGCUGAAACAGACCCUGUAUACGCCAUCAUAUGGGGUGGUACCUUGCUGUACCAGUCUUGAAAAACUGCUGCUUUAUUUCGAAAUCCUAGACCGCACCCGGGAAGGAGCAAUUCUUUCAGGCCAGCUAAUGGUGGGCCAGAGCAAUGUCCCCCACUACCAGAAUCUUCGUGUGUUUUAUGCUAGAUUGGCCCCAGGCUACAUCAAUCAGGAAGUAGUGAGGCUGUAUUUGGCUGUGCUCAGUGAUCGAACCCCUGAAAACCUUCAUGCCUUUCUCAUCUCAGUUCCAGGCAGCUUUGCAGAGAGUGGAGCCACUAAAAACCUCCUGGACUCCAUGGCUCGCAAUGUCUCCUUGGAUGCAUUGCAGCUUCCCAAGUCUUGGCUUAAUGGCUCCUCGCUCCUCCAAAACAUGAAGUUCAACAACCCAUUUUACUUCAGUUUCAGUCGCUGCACUUUGUCUGGAGGACACCUGAUUCAGAGAGUAAUCAACGGGGGUAAAGACCUCCAGAGCUUAGCCAGCUUGAACCUCAGUGGCUGCAUUCAUUGUCUGUCUCCAGACUCAUUAUUUCGCAAAGCAGAGGACGACAUUGAUAGCAGCAUCCUGGAAACACUGGUUAUGUCCUGCUGCAAUUUGAAGCACUUAAAUCUGUCUGCUGCACACCAUCACAGCUCUGAAGACCUGGGCAAGCAUCUGUGUCAGCUCUUAGCUCAGCUCCAACACCUGCGCUCUUUAUCCCUCCCUGUCUGCUCCAUCGCGGACUCUGCACCAAAGGCAGAUAAGGCGCCCGCGCAGACGGUGACAAAUGCAGUGCCCCGAGGGUUUGGGAAGAAGGUCCGAAUUGGAGUGCAGACGUAUCCCAGGACCGUGUCUUCUGAGUCAGUGACUCAGAAGCCAUCCUCUGUUUUCUGGACUCUUCUAGAGAAUGUGCCAUUUCUGGAAACCCUGGAGUUGAUUGGGUCUAAUUUUUCCUCUGCCAUGCCCCGGAAUGAGCCUGCCAUUCGAAACUCCCUACCCCCCUGCAGUCGUGCACAGAACGUUGGGGACACUGAGGUGGCUGCCAUUGGCCAGCUGGCCUUUUUACGGAAUUUGACACUGGCCCAGCUGCCCAGCAUUCUUACGGGCUCUGGGCUCAUUAGCAUUGGGUUGCAGUGCCAGCAACUGCAGACACUAUCAUUGGCCAAUCUGGGCAUGAUGGGGAAAGUAGUCUACAUGUCUGCCCUCUCUGAUAUGCUAAAGCACUGCAAACAACUCAAAGAUCUCAGACUAGAGCAGCCCUACUUCAGUGCGAAUGCUCAGUUCUUCCAGGCUCUGAGUCAUUGCUCUUCCCUUCAACGCCUCUGUAUCAUCUCCCGAAGUGGCACUCUGCAGUCAGAUGCUGUGAUGUCAUUCAUGGGCAGCUGCCUUGGGCUCAUCAUGUGCCACAUGUUUACAGGAGAGUCCCUCACCGCCUGCAAGAAUCUUCAGCAGUCCAUUGUUCGAAGUUUCCAGGCAGAGCGUCCAGCACUAAAUGUCGUCAUUUUCCCCCUGCUUCACGAGGGCUUGACUGAUGUCAUCAGAGAUGUCCCCAUGAUGCACCUGGAUGAAAUUACCUUAUUCAAAAGCAGAGUGGCUGAAGAACCACCAAACCUGUGGUGGUGAUGGCUCCAUCAGGAAGUGGGAUGGUCUGCGUCAACAGGUGAAGUCAUUUUCCUUUAGCCUGAACUUUACCCUCCUCAUCCCUCACCAACUUCUUCAGCUUUCAGCUGCCUUACUGGAUGCUUUAGAAUCACUUCGGUCCAAUUCCACCACAAAGCCAGAUGAGACUGGACAUCUCCAUGGGCACGUGAAUGUUGUCAUUGGGUUAUUCUGCUGCUGCUUGUGCUCUCCAGCACUCUGCUGAGAAGCCCCAUCGGAGUGAUUUGGCUGUUUCCUUGUGCUUGAUAUCAAUUCUUUGGUUUGUAAUGUAAAAGGGAAGAAAAUAUUCCCUCUUCAUCCCACUACAUUCCACUCAAUAUGUUUCACUAGGGCUUUUGUGUGUGCUUAGUAGUACAUUGUGUAACCUUACUUCUUUUAGACAUUUUCUUUGUGACUACUUGUUGCUUUGGUGAGAUUCAUAUUGAGAGUUAAAUGUUAACAGCAUUACAUGAGGAGAGUGAAGCGGACAGCCUUAAAAGGGGAGGACUGUGUUUUAGUUAAAAAAGAUGUGGUGCUUGGUACCCAGGCAUGAGGUACCCUGUGUGUACUUGCACAUGAAAAAUAUAUCAGGAUAACAUCUCGAUGAGUGAUGUAAUCUAUUGACUCAUUUCAAAGACCAGUGUACUGUAACCUUUCUUUCAGCAAACUUUUAUACGAACACUGCCACAGUCCACAUUGAGCCAUUUGCACUGUCAGCCCUUGCCCCUCCCUCCCUUUGACUCUAGUGAUCCUUGAGCCUUCUGAAGAGUGUGUGUAGUGAGUAGCUUUAUUCCUUUAUUUGGUGUCCCAGGGCCCGGAAAAACUCUCAGCCCAAGAGAAAAUUCAGCCUUCUCACAAAAUGUGCUCCCUUAUAGCUUACUUAUCCACACUUCUGACUCCAUUGAAAUCUUGGAUGAAGCUCAGACCCAGUUUUAGCCGGGUGUCCUUGAGCCUCUGGGUCUAUCUGAGACAGUGACAGGAGGGGUUUCCCAUCCUGCAGCGGGCUCAGGGGCUGGGUACCACCCAGGGAGAGGGAAUCUUAAGUUUGUAGGCUGCCCUGAGACAAGGUGGAAAGGGGAUGGCAGCACGGCAACAUGGGGAGAAAUGUAGCAGUGGAAUCCUGGAGUCGUCCAGGGAGAGUCUCUGAAAGAGUCAGGGUUUAAAGAGGGGAUUCAGCAGAUGAAGGAAAGCGGCCUGGAGGGAAAAUAAGGACUGAAGCCCACGACAUAGAAGUUGCUACUUUGUCCCUGGCAGGGCACUGUGAAAUCAGGGGUGCCUUGGGGCGGCCCCUCCUUUGUCGCUGCUCCCAUUGGAGGGCACUCACUACUAGAAGUCUCAGCAUGUGCACAGAAGGCUUGAACCUGGGCUGGAAUGCCGGAAAAGCAGCACUGAUUUCAAAUGUGUCUCAGGCAAGGAGCGCGAUAAUUCCUGGUCAAGAUUUGGUUGCUGUCACCCUCCGACACUGAGAAGAAGCAUCCUCCCCUGCCAUCAGAUGUGUGGGGUUGCUGCAUUUCCCAAGUCUGAUACUUUUACAGCAGCGCAGGGAAAGCAAUAGCAAAAUGCACAAAGCUCAAGAAAACAUUGGAAGGUGGGGAAAGGUUCAGGAGUAAUGGUAUUGGUGCUGAUGGCAGCAGCUCGACUUUGCAGUGUCCGGUCUCUGGCUGGCUCUCUCUGGGUUCUCUUACUCUUGUAGCUUCUAAUACCAAGGAAGGUGUUUACGCCUGUUUUUGCUCCUACCUCCCUGUCAGGGACCAUCACGUGAUACUUUCUAGGCGUUCCCUCUGAGGAGAAUUCACCAACUUGCUUCUUCAGGGCCUUAAAUGAAUCAUUCCCCUAGAGGAUUUCUUUUGCCUGUUUUUCCUGGUGUCCCAGCCUUUCCUCCUUGUUCAGCCAGGUUUUGUAGCAACACUAAGUCAACAACAUGAUGUAUCAACCAUUUUAACUUCAAUACUAGCUCAUAAUUAAAAUGAGCUUGUUUCUCCUCCCAUAAUGCCUGGAAUUUACCUCCUAAUGGCUGACCCAUGGUCACUAGUGGAUGCCUGAAACCUCACAACUUCUGCUUUCAGCUUUUGAUGGAAGUUUUGCUUCUCUUGUAACAAUUCCUUGUAAGCAUCAUUAUGUUUAAAGCUUUAUUUUCUUGCUCAAGACACUUUAUUACUCUUUAUUACAUAUCCAGCUUCUGAUCCCAUUUUUCCAUUUCCUCUCUUAGCUGUACCUCCCUUUUAUUUAUCUGCCAGUAUCUCUGGUGACCCACCCUCAAAAAGCCUGCCAGACAAACCAACCUUUUCCUCUUAUUACUCACACUGAAGAGACUGCAGUGUAUAUCAAAUAAGCUUUCUAAUUCUCCUCUGCUCCUACCUGGGUACACAUCCUCUUCCUCCCAAGGAUCGAGAUCUAAUCUAUAUAUUAAAUAUUUCAAGGCAAGUCUGAUUCUUCAUUUUCCCCAUCUGAAACUUUGAUCCCUACCAUAUGAGUAUUAUUGGCCCAAUUAAGUAUUUUAUGAAGAUUUUUUAUAAAAGGACUUUUAACAGAUCUCCCAGGCUCUUCUUGAAGUCAGAUUCUAGAAAGCGGGUUGUAAGUUGAGUCCCAUCUUAUUAAUUCCCACCUUCUACCUUGCUGUAACUCUGGGGAUACAGGGUAACUUGGAUCCUCAAAAAAAUGAAAGCAUUUGAAUAACUUUAUUCCUUAUCUUGGGGAGCCCAAGAACCAACUCAGUCUAUGCACAGGUAAAGCUCCUUUGCAUCCCAUUUCUAGAAUGUUCCAGAAUGCCUGGACUUUUUCAGUUCCAUCCAACUAAUGAUGCAUAAUCUAACACAUUACCCCAAGACUUGUCUGUUCUAGUGGGUACCAUUUUUUUUGUUAGUGUUUUUCUUAAGUUCUAUCAAGCCAUAAAGGUACCUUCGAAUAUGGUCUGAAAUAGCAUCCAGAAUCAAACAAUUCCAGCAGCAGUAUAUGUCCUGAGAGGCACAAACACUCACAUAGAUUGGUGUCUUCAUAAACUUUACCUUAUUCUCUGUUUUGCUGUAGUGGGUCAUCAGAAGUCUUCUUGUUGAUCUGUAGGCAAACAUUUCAGCACAUAUGCCAGAGCAUCAGGGAUCAGUUGAAAAGUGUCAUCUAAAAAUGAAACUCUCUUCACAGCCAUUCUACAGAGAUGCCAGAAAAUGGCUACAUAUUGAAGAGCUAGGUAUGAAUGGAUGGUCGUGGAUUGAACACAAGUGAGCAGGACAGUUUAUGUUUCUUUACUUAAUCUGAGAGAUUCUGCUCUGUGGAUACAAGUUAGUCUGUCUUUGACAGGAUGGACCAGUGAAAGGCUAUGGCAUGGAGGACCGAACCUAUCUUGCAUGAUGGAAGAUGGUGAACUGUACAGCGGAUAUGUCCUGGAUAGAAGGAAUGACCUUUCCCUGUACAUCAGGUCAAGCUGUAAACAUAGUGCUGAUUGCACUUCAGACCUGAAUGCAUUGUAGCACGACAUAUAGUCAAGAUUAAUUACCAGUGCAUCAUUUUUAGGGGAGGUUGAUGAGAUUCUGUCAAGCAGGUGUAAUAGCACAUUAGAGUUCCUCGUCAUGGAGUGAGUCUUUAUCCUGGGCAUGAUGUCUCAUUUUAAAAGAUGCCGUAUAGCCUUAAUAGCUGUAAUAGAUCACUUGAGGUCUUCAUCUUGAUCUGUAGGCAAACGUUGCUAAUUUCAAUGCCUAUUCCAAAGCAUCAGUGGCUACUUUACAUGAAUCAUCUGGAAAAUAAAAUUGUCCUCACAGCCACUCUAUAGAAGUGCUCAAGGUUGGCCACGUAUUUGAAAUGCUGUCAUAAGAGAUAAACACAGGUCAAAAUCAGGUGAACAGUAUGGGCCUGCUAAGUUCAAUCUUCUACCUAUAAUGGGUGCCUGGAAGUAGCUUCAGAUGUAUAGAGGGACUCUUCAUUCCAGCAGUCCUUACUUGGUAUGUCCCUGACCCUAAUGGGUAUAUCCCAGGUCGCUCACACCACAUGCCAUGAUGCCGCAAGGGACUGGGAGAGAGGCGCAGACAUUUGGACAGCACCACAUAAGUCAUCACCACAACGCUUUUACAGUUUUAUAGCUUUGGGCCCCCAGGGGGUAUCUGAGGAUCCUUCCUGUGCUGAUGGCAGUUUCACAUGUUCUUUGAUAUGGGACCUGAGCCGAAUAUCUCUGUUUUUUGCUAAAGAUUUGCUUAAGAAGAUGGAAUUCUUCAACAUACAGAAUGAGCUGACUAGACCAAUUAAGGAAAUGCUCUCCUAUAGAAUAUUCUGUACACACAUUGGUCUUAAAAAAUUCAUAGUACUAUUAUCUGUUGCCAGACCUUUUAUGAGAUCCUUUGCUGUAUCAAGAGACAUCUCUGCUGAUCCUAAUGACAAAGGCUCUGAUGUGCCUUGUUGUGCAACAUUUCACUGCUAGGGCACACCAAAGAAUGCCCAGGUUUGAGAUUCCCUUUCAUAAUGAAGGAGUGGAGUGAUAUCUGAAUCCUUGAUAUCUGUCAUGCAUUUAGUGGACAGUAAUAAAAGAGGAGGUGUCUGAUGUAAUCAAUCAUUCUUGGCUUGGACAAGACCCCUCUUCGAUAGAACACCCCAUAAAGUACUGAAAAUGACAACCCAGCGGCGUCACUUUAGAUCUGACAGACUGUUUCUAAUUUUGAAGGGGAAUCCAAGAGAUGGCUUAUUUUCUUUCCUGCUCAUUUUAAAAUAUGCAUUGCAAGUCAGGCUUUUAGAAGCUGGGGGCUCUCAUGCUGACCUAAGAUUUUUUGAACUUUCACUAGCAGAUGCAGCAAGCUAAGGUUUCCCCACAUGAGGUUUACUGUUGGUUGAAGGAUGGAUGUGAUUAAAAUAGAUGCUAAAAAUUGGAAUUAGGCUGAAGUUAUGAUCUAGUUCUUGUCCCAUGAUAUUAUCAGUAAAUGGCAACAGUAAAUGAUGAACAAAUACUUUGCUGGAGGGAGCUAAUGUAGUCUACUUGACUUUUAGACUAGAUAACUACAGUGUGAAUAGGAUUCGUGGACCGUGGACUCAUCAUUUUUAGGAAACCUGAGAAUUCAGAACGUCUUCAUUCUUGAUGAUUUGUUGUUUGUGUCCCACCCCUUAUUAUAGGCAGCUUUGUCCUUAUUCAUCCUUUCUCAGUUGGGGAAAAAAUGAGGAGUAGGACAAGGAUUUAGUUGGGUAAAUCAAAGUGUGAUGGACUCUUUCAGUACCAUAACGUUUUUAGUCCUUAACUGUGUCCUUGAUAAGUAGAGCUCCUAGUUUUCUUGUGUGAGUAUAUUGACAGAUGAUCUGUCCUAUUGGAACAAAGAGUAUGGUGUUUUUAUGUUCUUUAGUAGAGGUUUUAAGGUAGUUUUUGCUCCACAAAUGAAGGGGCCAGUGACAGCCAUUAAAGAUUUUUCCCAUGUCCACACCGAGUGGGUUUGUUUACAAGUUGGAGGUGUAAGACACUCCAAUAUACUAAUGGAUAAUGGAAGCUUGCACAUAAACUGAGCCAUGAUUCUUUCUUUAUAGGGUUUGAAUUUGUCAAUCAUGUCUAUGAGUCUUAUCACCCAACCUGCUGUAAAAAUUAGAGCUAAUUCCUGGGAGAUCAAGAAUUGGAGAAGAGAGCACAUGUAACACAGAGAUGCAAAGUGUCUAUAACAGUAAACUCAUGCUGGGCUAUCAGCUAGGUCACAUAGGAGGUGAGGACUGGAAGAAUGACACAGGUCUGGAAGAUGAGGUAGAGAAUCGUCUGUCAGCUCUUCCCAGAGGAAGGAGGAUGGUGGCAGCCACUCUGAUUACACCUGUUAGUGGGAUCAGCAGUGAAACUCAACGAGAUGUGCUUGGUGACUACAUUUAUAGCUCAGGGGUUUGCUCCUGGGGCUUUGGGGGCCUUGUGGAGUGCUAGCUGGUAUAGGAUGGGAUCUGUUACUCUCCAAAAGAAGACAGGUGGGUUAUUAAUGGUACUCAGUAAUGUCCCAAGGUGAGUCCCAGUUAGGCCAGUGAAGAUGAUAAAGUCAGGGUCAGCUGUCACUUCCUUUGGCAUUUUAAUAAAUAGAUAGUUCAACAUAUUCCUGGAAGGUGCCUGCAGAAAUUGAAAAGUCAUAGGCAACAUAGUCAGCUGCUAAUCUAACUUAGCCAAUUAGGAAAUCCUUCAUCUGUUAUGUUUGGCCCUCUUAAUAUUUGCCUUAGGUAGAGCAUUAAAAAUAGGGAUGCCAUUGAAACACAACACCUUGGCCUACUUGUACAGGCAGCUAGAAUACUAGGAUCCUCCCUGGUAUUGGUUGAUUGUAAUUUGUGGCAUGCUUUGAAAUGGUAUGAGAGGAUAACCCUGUUACCACAGCUGCCUCCUCAAUGCAGACAUGACUCAUAGCUGCCCCCUUCUUUAGAAUUCAUUAUUUCGACUGGAGCUAGGUGAGAGUGGUGAAUUCUACUCUUCAUCUCAAAUUACUAGACGGUAAUGAGUUGUCUACAGAAAACAACAAUGUUGCCAAGAAUAGUUUGCAGCAUGUUUAGUGAGUGAAUGAUACCAAAUCAUCGUGUCCACCCUAUCAAAUGCUUUGGUACCAUCUGCCCAAUCAGAAGAUGAAGAGGAAAGGAAUUGCCUAACAAUGGAAAGACUAAAAUCCAGAGAGAAAAGACACUGUUGCCUUUCACUAUCAGGCACUCACACUUCAUUCUACAUAUGUACCAUUAGAAUCAAAUUACAGGAUUGAUUUUUAAAAACAACAACAACAACAACAACAGACUCCAAACAUCUUUUCUAACCAUGAUGUUCCACGGGGGAAAGCAGGCAAUUCAUUUUCUUUAGUUUCUUUAAUUUUUCAAAUCUCUUUCCUUGUCACAACUCUGCAUAUUAAAGUUUUCUAUAUGUGCUCAUCCAAAUGGACGUCUUAAACUCUAAAGAACAGAUCCUCAGUUCCUUCUCUGGCAGCUUUGACUGUGCUCAUGUUGUCUGAGAAAUGAUGUCAACGAGAGAUGCUCCCCACAUCACCUCCAAAGUCAUGAGCCCCAGAUUCCAUGGUGUGAAGGAAAAUCUCUGUUUCUUAAUUCUUAUACAUCCCAAUUUUCUAAAAUUCAAAAUGAACUUACAAACCCAAAAUAACCAUCAAUUAGUUCUUAAAGAUAACAGGAAAGAAAAUCCUAGAACUGAAGAUUAUUACAGCCUACAAUCUGACAUCAGUUUCCAUAAAAAAUAUAACAUUUCCCAAGAAGUGCCAAUGUUCUCAAAACGCAUUGCAUAUCCAAAACUACUCAGAUCACAGAUGCUACACAUUGAGUCAUUUUUCAGUUACUGUUAUGCAAAUCCUCAAUUAUUCCUUGUUUUAUUACUACUAUUCUAACUUGCUAGUUAUAGCUAAUGUCUAUAACAAACUCGACUUCUUAAAUUGAACUUUUUAACUUAUGGGACUCCAAAUUUUAGAUGUGUGUCCAGUUGAAACAAGUAUUUUAAUUCAAUUAUGUAUGAAAUAUUUAAAUUGUCACGUGUCAGUUAAAUAAGGUGAAGGGUCACUCCCAAUUAUUCUGAAUAUAUACAGGGCUGUGGAAAUAGGUCAGACCCUUAUAAACCCUGUGUUGAUUUAACUCACAGGAUAAUGGCUACCUCUCACAGGAAGCAGCCUUGUCUUCUCACCCAAACAAUAUGAAUUUACACUAUAUGAAUUUACACUGGAUAAUUUUUAGAAAUUCUAUAGAGUAUUUUGAAAAAAUAUAGUGUGUGUGUAUAUAUAUAUUUAAUUUCAGUAGAGUAACAAAGUAUUGAAACUUAGAAAGCAUUUUAGGCUCUUAAUAGUGGCCUGAUUAACCUUUUCAUAUUGCCUUAUUUAUUUUGUGCUUUUGAAAUAAACACAGCUGUUCCAAAAGUUAACAACCACCUUUUACUAAAAUGCAUGGUGGCAAGGUCUCCCUUCCUUAACUGUCUUGUGGACAUAAUCUCCUUGUUGUCUCUACCACUGGUGAAUAGAAAUGCUUUUGAUUCAAGUCUUUUAGGCAUAUAACCUCUUCAGUACCCCUAGAUCUGUUGCACAUCUGUUUGGUGCAAUAUUCCCAAAGGGCUUCCUCAGGGAACACAGAACUUCCAGAUGUGCCAUCUCAACCUCAUCCAGUCAGUAUUCUUAUCACAGCAAUGUCCUGGCUAAAAGUGCUUUCUAUAGGUUUACUCCUCAGAAUGGUAUCCAGUGGGGUAGUAGGCAUUGUUAUUAGAAGGGCCCAGGGGGAGGGAGUGACAUACCUAACCUACCUACAACGCUUCCAGCUUCUCCUCUUUUUUUCCUUCCUUCUUGGAUCCAGGCUGUCAGACUCGUUUGUCCUGUCUUUGUCAUUCACUAUAUAAUUAUAGUGUGGCCCAGCCUUAUCUGUGCCACGUGUACACAUCUACGUGUGUAUGGUCUGAUUUAUGACCAUACAGAUCUGAGUCCAUUUAAACAACCUCCGUGAUAGCCCCUUCUUUGAUUUUUUCAAAGUGAUUCGCCUCUUAAAUAACAUAAGCACCAUCCUGGGCUGUUUUUGUCCUGCACUUCACCUUGCUACUAAAGAACCAGGAUAACUGAUCAUGUGGUAGACAUUUAUCACUUCUCCCUCCAUUUCUUCAAGAGGCAAAUGUUUUUCAGUAGUUUACUCUUUUCCCCAGGAAGAAUAGCAUUGGAGACACCUUCCUAUCCACACCCUCCUCCUGACUGUGCACCUUAUUUGGAGAAGAGGAAGACAUUUAUAAAUUUUCACUUGUAAAGGAAUAUGUGAUCACGUCCUCUCAGUGUGUAGUAGGUACCCCUUAUCGUAACAGAACUGUUUCUGUCCAGCAUGGACACAACUCCGUUUCCCACUUGCAUCUUAUUGAGAGAGAAGUAGAUCAGAAUGAGGAGCUUUUGGCCAUGGGUUUUACUCCUUAGCUCUUCCCAAAGCCCCUGACCAUAGUGCAGCUAGUUUCCUCACUCAUCUUCUUUCUGUCCCUGAAAAAAAAGGAAGCGUCCUUAUUUGCAAAGGUGAUCGAUUAGAAUUGCCUUUUCCCUGCAGAUGAUGCUUCUCUAGGCCUGCCAUAUCCUUUCAGGCACCAGAGGCAGUGGAAUAAGCUUGAUCAGCCCUGGGGAGCAAGGUGUAGACGGUGAAAGGGAUGGCACCCGUCGGAAUUCCUGGCCUUUAUUUAUUUAAUUUUUUCCCAAAUCAGAUUGAAAGGGAGAACAUGGGGGAGGGACUGCAGUAGGAAUGCUGCAGUGCCGACCCCUUCACACCCAAAGUGAGGCUUUUUCCUUUACCAUCAGAGAGUUAGUUCUGGCCCAGUGGACAUGAAUCGUGAGGAAAAUUGCUGCUCCUGUUUUCUCCCUCCUGGAAGAUCCAGCUGCCAAAGAACAGGCAGGUGCAACCUGUAAACACACGAGCCUGGCGCCUGGCGCCCCAAAGAAUUGGUUCUUUCACAGGUUAGUCCCACUCAUGCACGGUCCUUUGCGUGUACAAGCUCUUGAGGUGAUGCUUUUUUUCUUUCGUUUUUUUUUCACCAGAAGGUUGCUGCUUAUACUAAAAGCAAAGGAUUAUGCCUUCCCUAGGAAUUUAUUAGAGGGAUAUGAUUGUAUCUUUGUGACUGGGGCCUAGCUAUUUGAUUCUCAUGAGCAAGCACUUUUAAACAGUAACAUAAUUUAUACUAAUAAACAGGACUGGGAAAAGGGCAGCCCCCAGGCAGAGAGGGGGUAUCGGGAGUGGAUGGAAAUGAAAAUCGCUGUGAAAAGAGACACCAAAAGUGAAGACCUGAUAUUUUUAGUGUCCCUGCAACAAUCCUUUUACUUAGAGUGAGAAUUUCCGCUGCUUCUGCACUCGAGACAGGAUUCACCAGAUGUUAAUAAUGUGCUUAUUUUCUCUAAGUGCUAUUUUGGCACCGGUGUUAAUUACAAUUUAUAUUCUGCAGCAUUUACACUGGGAAAAGAACCCACCCUAAUAGUCCCCAAUUGGCAGAGCUGGGCUAUUAAGCAUAGUACCAUAUGUUCUGAGCUGAGAAAAGCAUGGGACUCAGAGCCUGGUCAGCAUUAAAGCUCCAAAAUGAGUUUUAUUGUGUGUGUGUGUGUGUGUUUCUUUUAUUAUGGGGGUGCUGGGGAGUGGGGUGGAGAAGAAACACAUUGGAGCAUACUUUCCCCUCCCCCCCUUUUCAAAUUUAUUUGCUAUCUCCUACUUUCAAAAAAGGACCUACUUUUAAUGCCCCUACUUCUUAUCCAAAGGCCCUGUGUCAUAGUGGCACCUCCGGCUUUCUUCUGAGCUGCACUCUGCUCAUCAUUGUGCGGUUAGAGGGCCUCCCGAGCACCUGGGUCCUGGCUGCCUCAGGCAGGAGGACACGGAAGUUUCAGCUAUAGAAAGUUUGUGCAUUUAAGGACCCUGAGCUUCCCACUCUACCUGUGAGAAGGGGGAAGGAGGUUUCUAAAUUUGAUUAAAAUUACUUUGACGUGCAGGCUCAGAGAAGCUUGAUUCAAUAUUCUUCCCAUUCUGUGGGAAGCAGCAUGGUGCUAUGGAAAGAGCAUUUGCUUUGGAACCAGAGGGAUCUGAGUCCUGGCUCUAUUACUUACCACCCAUGUACCCUUGGACAGCCUACUUAACCCAUCUGGGCCUUAUGUCCCUUAAAUGUCACUUCUACUUGGGAAAGAAAGUCCCUUCUACUGUAAAGUAGAUUAUUUUUUUUUUUUUUUUUGGUAAGGCAGUUGGGGUUAAGUGACUUGCCCAGGGUCACACAGCUAGUAAGGUAGAUUCUAUUUUAAAGGGAUUCUAGUGUAAAGGCCCUUCUAGGUCUAAAUCUGUGAUCCUUCAUUUUUCUUUCUUUCUCUUUUUUUUUUUAACAAAGCAUAUUGAUUUGGUGGCAUAACAGUCACAGCCCAUGUCCCUUUUAAAAAGUAAAACGAUAAGGAGCUUUUGGUUCCCCUGCGUUUAGUUGCCCUUACUCGUGCAUGGGCACCCUGAGUGGAGAGGGCAGAUCCUGAUUCAAGUCCUUGUUUCUUAACUUUCAUUUGGGAUCCAUUUUAGUUGUGACUUGUAAAGAACCUUGGAAACCUGAUCCAAAGUGGCAUCUCCUCACUUUUAGACACAGAAUUCAGAUUAGCAUCUUGUCAUCUUAAAGGGUGGUGAGAAGAAAGCAUUGGCCCCACACUGUACUGCUCAGGUUCUUUAUGCGAUAAAAAUGUGACUUAUAACAAAUUCAAUUCCUCCUUUAAAAAAAAAAAAUCUUGGUCUCGCCUUGCAGUGCCGAUUUUUCAAAUCGUCAAUCUCCCUUAACUACUUCAUGCUGGGACUUGUGUCUUGUUGUUGGCAGUGAGAUGCCCUGCAGCUGCCAGUGCACAGGGUAAAUGACUGAGAAAAGGUGAUCCCUGGGGUGUAAAGGGUAAGAAGCUGCCACAGUUAGUGCCAAGGCAGUUUUCAGAGAAGAUGCUUAAGAGCAAAAUCUUGCUCAAAAUGAAAACUCACGUGUGUGUGCAUUUGAUAUAAGAUCGUUGAAUUUGCCUUGAAGUGAUUUCAUUGUAAACUGAGAGACCACUGCUACCCAUGACUGGGAGCCUCCAAAGAAGAGCAAGUUUUAAAAUCAAUGCAUUUAAGAUUGGGUAUUGAAGAGAAGCAAACAUCUUGGACCCAUGAUCUGUCUGCUAAACAUUCCUGUUUGAUUAGAUGCACAAGCAGAUGAUUUCCAUAGAAACCAAUUGGGAUGUGGUCAGAGAAGUAAUGAUUAAUAGGAAAGGGAUACUGCCUGGGGCCUUAUUUGAGCAGGGGGAGAAACUGGGGUGGGGAGUGGUUUAGCUCCUUUAGAGGUGGGGAAACUCAAAAUGGAAAAUCCUUAUUUCUUCCAUUAAGUUCUGAAGGCAGCCUUCCUCAUCUUCCUGUCCCCACUUUUACUUGCUGCUUUUAGGAUUUGAAAAUUGCUGGAAAUAAUAAUAAAAAAAAGUUAAUGGAUGAGGCAAGAUGAUUAACAUUGUUGCUGUUAGCAGCAGGAUCUCGGCCAUUUCAGCCAUAAAACAUGAAGCAAGGGAGACAUUGACCUUUCUGCUGUUGAAAUAAAUGGAAAAGUCGAUAUCCAUUGUUUUCAAUGGCAUCGACCUCUUGACACCCCUAUUUUUCCCCCCCACUUUUUUUUAUUGACAGUAAAAGGGUGGAGAUGAGGAGGGUCUGAGGGAGAGACACUUGUACCAGUCAUUGAUCUCAGUGAGGAAAGAGAAUUAGAAAUAUCUGAGAUUUGCAGAACACAAGGCAUGAAUGGAAAUUUUAAAACUGUAGAUUUGACAGAGGAAGAUCAAUUUAGACUUAAUUAUCAUACUUUUUUAGGCUUUAAAAAAAAUCAUGUAAAAUUUUAUGUUGUUAUCAUGAGGUCAAUGCACCUUAUUUUUUUUUCCCCAGCAGUCCCACUGCUGUGAAUUUCAUCAGUGUACCGAGAAUCAUUGUUAAACCAGGCAUGGCUAAUUAGCUGUAUGACAAUUAAGUAAUGUAGCUCAAUGCCAUUAGGCUAUAAGAUCAGUUUUUUGAAGUUUGUCCUUUGAAGUGGAAGCUGCAACUCCACUUAAAGCUGAUUGGGGGGGAAGGGGGGACAGCAGCCAGGGGAUAUCUUUUUACCAAAAUUCUAAUGAGACAUAAAAGCCUCGGUGACCAUGAGAAUAUUCACCUGUGUAGUCAGUCUCACUCCGGUACCUGCCCCCUGUGCAUAUGUGAUCAUGUCAGGCUUGUAAUUCUUGUACAAUGAUUGUCAAUAGUGUUGAUUUAAGUGUAGUGAAACUGGUCGUGUGAUUUAUCACUGUCCUUUUGUGUGUGUGACUUUUACCAAAAAAAAAAAAAAAAGUAUUCAUUCAUCAUAGGGUGAUUUAAGAAGAGACUUACGAUGUCAACAGUGUUAGGAUUUAAGGAGGCUCAAAGAGUUUGGGUUUAUCAUGUGAUAAGGUGCUAUAUUAUAACAGCAGGAAACAGAACCUGUUUACAAGUGAGUGACAAAUUCCUCAAUUUUAACGACUCCAUCUGUGCACUUGGUUUUACACUUGUAUUUUGCAACUGGAUCUUUGUGUUCAUAGUAUCAAACCACAUAUUGAAUGUGCUAUUUUCAUGUAAAUUUGUGGCAUGUAAAAGAUUUCAAAUAAAGUGAAAUGGAUUUUAAAAAG